AGCACAUGACAGCACAUUUGGAGGCAGCCUGGUGAGCAGUCAAGAGCAGCAGUGGUUAUGCCUAGGGAAGAGCAUGAGUUAGAACAUCAGCAUUACUUCUUUCCAGCCGUGGGAGCUUGGACCAGUGACUUCACCUUUCCAAGCCUCAGCCUCCUGAUCUCUAAAACAAGAAUAAUCAUAAAAUGGGCCUCAAAGAAUUGUUAAAGGAUUGAAUGAGCUUCUUAUGUCAUGCCUGGCAUAUUUGGCACUCAAUAAAUUGGAGCUACCUAUCAUCUCAGAGGACAGCGCUUAGUCCUUAAGUUGCUCUUUUUAAGUUCGGGCACAUUCACUCACUCAUCGUAUCCUCCCAGAUCGGAAGGGUUGGGCACAAGAGGAGCUCCCCAAGACAGGUGCUCCCUGGUCUGUAGUCCUCUUUAUGGAGAGCUAGUGCACCCAGUACCUCCUUAAGACAAAUACUCCCCACCACCCAGCCUCUUGUCUGGCACCAGAGCAGGAUUGUCAGGGAGUGUGAGUAAGCAGCCGGCAAGAACCCUCAUUGUCUGGAGGCAUAUCCACACCUGAAAUCUCUUAUCAGCAAACAUUGAGGUUUACUGCAACUGAAGGGCCUUGUGUUGGUAUCAGAGUGCUGCCUUUCUAACAUAAUCACUUCCCACUUGUACCUUCUAGAUGUCUAAGUAGGAAGAGCUUCAUAAAUAUUUCUCACACCAUGUUAGAAACUUUAAAUCGGUUUGAACUGGAUUCUUGUUAAGAAGAAAUUCAUUUCUAAUUUAAUUUUAAUUUUUUUGGCAUGUUUGCUCCAUCAAACAAUUAUCCUGCCUAACACAUUAUGUAAAAAAAAAAGUUAAAAAUAAGGGAGUCACAUGACCUUUGAAGUUAGAAAAUAAAUCAGAGAAGAAUAAAAAGGGGAAUGAAUUGUUCUAAGUAUAUCAGAAAGGCUUUAUGUAUUCAGAAACUCAUUUACUUUUCUCCAAAUCAAUAUGCAGUGCUCAGCACAGAGAACUAUCAGAGAACUAUUGAAUAUAAAGCACAGAAGAUAACAGCAGUGAUUACAACAUGCAAUUGUGCAGCUGUGAUAUCAUCCCCUCCCCCUCCACUGGGUCCUCUCCAUCAGAUUGGUUGCUAUGUUAAUAUUUUAGGCUUAAAGGACCAGAAUUAAUUCGUUCAGUCUUAUCUCUGAUGCGACGGUUUUCUGUCAAAAAUUCCUGACGGAAUUAACAGCCAAAAUGAAGCAAGAUAAUUGGAGACGGAGCCAUGCAGCCGAUCACGCCAUCCUUGGAAUUAUCGGCACACCAUCAUCUCUUGCUUGGAUUCAGGAUCUUGGCUAUGUGUUCAUGUGUGGAUGCGAUGGAACUGAGGUCGCUAGGUUCAUGCUACCUGGAGCACGAGGCUGACAAAUACAGAAGCACUGAGUCAAAUGAAUCUUGGAGAAAUGGAGCUGGAAGAAAACUGGAAGUUUCAUUCUUGUUGCCCAGGCUGGAGUGCAAUGGCGUGAUCUUGGCUCACCGCAACCUCUGCCUCCCAGGUUCAAGUGAUUCUCCUGCCUCAGUCUCCUGAGUAGCUAGUAUUACAGGCAUGCACCACUAUGCCCAGCUAAUUUUGUAUUUUUAAUUGAGAUGGGGUUUCUUCAUGUUGGUCAGGCUGGUCUUGAACUCCCGACCUCAGGUGAUCUGCCUGCCUCGGCCUCCCAAAGUGCUGGGAUUAUAGGUGUGAGCCGCCGUGCCCUGCUGAAACUUAUUUCUUUGAACAAUAAAAACCACAUAUUUCCUCUUUUGAUAAAGUGUAAAAUUAUAGUACU